UUAGCGACUAAUAUUUCUUGUAAUAAACCAAAAGUCAUCGAAGCUUUUGCACAGUCUUUAAUGUUGAAUAUAAAUAAAAGUGAAUUAGCCUAUGGGAGAGAUAACCGGUGGAAAAUUUCUGCCAGUUAUGAAAAAUUUACUUUUAUUACUAACAAUAUUCACAAAGAAGCUCAAAAUGUUUAUCUAUUUGAUGCAGAUUUUCUAACUGACAUAAGUGAUUCCGUUGAAAAUAUUUUUAUUGACGCAACAUUUAAAGCUGUACCACAUUUUCAGAGAAAUAAUUUACAAUUAUUGACGAUAAUGGCCAAAGUUGAUGGACAAUGCCAAAGUAAAAGUGCUGUGAGUAUUAUAACAUUUUGUGUUACAGAAAUAUAUAUGAGAUUAUAAAAAUCCUACAUUUAUGAUCGUAUUAUCAGAUGAUCAAGCUACAGCUGUUGAAUCAAAUUUACAUGAACAAAUUAACUAUAGGCUUCAUUCCUAAUUACAAUUAUCAGUAAUUAAUGCUACUUACAUUCAAUGAAUUAAUUAUAGGCUAUUUAUUCAAUAAAUAUUACCAGGUAAUUAGACAAGAGCAGUCUAUUGAAUAAAUGUACAUGUAAAAACUAAUUGAUAGCAAUUGAUUCAAUAAAAAAAACCAGAAAUUACCAGGUGAUUCGGGAAGACCUGCCUAUUGAAUAGAUGUACAUGUACGAACUAAUUGAUAGCCAUUGAUUCAAUAGAAAUUACCAGGCUAUUAGAAAAGAGCAGUCGAUUGAAUAAAUGUCCAUGUACGUUCUAAUCCUUAGCAAUGUAUUCGAUAAAAAAUAACCAGGUCAUUAGACAGGACCUGUCUAUUAUAUAAAUGUACAUGUACAAACUAAUUGAUAGCCAUUGAUUCAAUAGAAAUUACCAGGCUAUUAGAAAAGAGCAGUCGAUUGAAUAAAUGUACAUGUACGUUCUAAUCCUUAGCAACGUAUUCGAUAGAAAAUAACCAGGUCAUUAGACAGGACCUGUCUAUUAUAUAAAUGUACAUGUACAAACUAAUUGAUAGCAAUGUAUUGGAUAGAAAAUAACCAGGUAGUUAGACAGGAGUUGUCUAUUAAAUAAAUGUACAUGUACAAACUAAUUGAUAGCAGUUUAUUUCAUAGAAAUUUCCUGGUAAUUCAGGAAGAGCUGACUAUUGAAUAAAUGUACAUGUACGAGCUGAUUGAUAACAAUUUGUUCAAUAAAUGUUACCAGGCUAUACCGAUCUUUUGGUCCAUUAUGACGAAUAAGGGUGAGGAAUGCUAUUUGAGAGUUUUUAAUUUUAUUAAAGAGAAAUUUCCAUCUUUUAACCCUAAGACCUACAUGUCCGAUUUCGAGAUUGGCAUGCAUAAUGCUGUGGAAACUGCAUUUCCAGAUAUUGAUGCUAAUCACUGCUAUUUCCACUAUGCUCAAGCAAUCAACAAAAACGCAAGGGACUUAGGGUUAAUAAAUAAAACAACCAUUAAAGUCACGACACACCCCGAAAUCUAUGUGACUAUAAAGCAGCUAAUCGCAUUGGCUUUGUUACCACCCAAAUUGAUUAUAUCAACUUUUAAUAACUUAAAAGAAGUGGUGACGCAGGAUUUUGGACAGCGAUUUGAUCGUUUAUUCGAUUAUUACGAGCGAUUUUGGAUAAAAACGAUUAAACCUCGAGGAUUUUCAGUAUACAAUUUGAGAGAGGACAAAACUGACAACUAUGAAGAAUCUUACAAUAGAAAUUUAAAUGAUUUACUAAAAAAAAACCCGCAUCCCAAUCAAUUUAUAGAAGUAAUAAAGUACUUGGCAUUAGAUGCCAGAGUGAUUAGGAAUUCAAUAAAACUGAAUAAAUAUAUCGCAAGAAGACCAAUCACACAAAGGACGGAAAAAAAGUUAGAAAUGGAAGAUUUUUGGGACAUGUUGGACGAAAAAAUUGAAAAUGUAGGUGAAGAUAAUAUCAACGGGUUAGAGUUAAUCAAUGGACUGAGUUCUAUCCAACAUCUUCGACUUUUGGAACAGGAAAUAAUGUUAAAAGAGAUGGACAAAAUCCUAAAAUAAAUAAAUAAACAAUAUAAUAUUGAGUAAUAUCAAUACCCUACGUAAAAAAUCCCAUAGAAUCUACUUUGAAAGGUCAAAAACCGCAAAGAAACC